GUUUUUGAGGCCAAUACUUGCCGAGUUACUUGCUCUUAAUAAUAGCUUUCAAAGUAACAAUACUGACCCGACGAAAUUACUUAAAGACUUUGCAGUUGUAAUUAAUUCUUUAAAAAGUAAAAUCAUUAGCCCAGAUAAUGAUGUAGAUGUAAUCUCGAUUGAUUUUGAGCAAUAUAUCAAUAAAAGUUGCUAUUUGGGAUAUAACUUCGAAAAGAAAAUAUUAGAGAUGAAAUCCUCCUCUGGGCUAACCGAGGAAUCAGAAAAAUAUAUAAGAACAAUAUGUACAAAUUUUGUAGUAGUGCUUAUCAACCAACUAAAACAAAGGUUACCAGAUAAUUUCGAUACGAUUAAAAAAGUUAAUAUGUUUUCAGUGGGCAAUGUUUUACGUGCAUCGCAUGAGGAGAUAGAAGAUGUUUUAAAACAUUUUAAUUACAGUGAUGAUAUGAUAGAAAAAAUUAUAAUUCAGUAUAAUAGAAUUAAUUUUGUAAAAUGGAAUAAUAUAAGCAAUACAAUGCAAUUUUGGGCAGAAGUUCAAACUUAUACGGAUGCAGGUGGUAACAAAUUGUUUUCCGAUUUGGCGGAAUUUGCACUUCAUUUACUUUCACUACCUUGGUCUAAUGCAGACGUGGAACGAUUAUUCAGUCAGCUAAACUUGGUGAAAACAAAGCUACGCAACAGUAUACACUUAAUUACUAUAAAUGCUAUAUUAAGUAUAAGAUACGGUCUUAAAAGGCAUAAUAAGUGCUGCACAGACUAUGAAAUUCCAAGAAGUUAUUUAAAGAUGAUUGGAACAAAUAAGGCAUACGAAAACCAGAGUAUCGAUUAUAAUAAUCAGUCCGAUGAUAAUUUAUAUAAAAUUAUAAAUGAGUUGUAACCUGCCUAACUUUUGUGAAAACUGAAAGUUUAGUUAAAAAAUAACGUUCGACUGAAAUUUUCAUA